AUGCUGCUCACAGCGAUCGCAGCAGCACUCUAUGUCGGCCUCGCGUUCGGCAACAUCAUCUUCCCCCUCGUGCAGCCAAGAUGUGACUACACCGCUGCGGAAUUUACUGGCUGCCUCCCAGGCCAAGUAUGCCUCGAGAACAACACAUGUGCCCCCAUCACUUCGGACAGACUCACUAGAGCCACCCAUCCUCGCGCUGACGGCAGAUGCGGUACUGACUUUGGCGGCGCGACUUGCGAUCCCAAUGGCGAGUAUGGUGGAUGCUGCAGUAAGAUGGGUUGGUGCGGCAAGACCACGGAUCACUGUCCAGUGAGUAAUGGCUGCCAGAGCGGCUGCUCCGAUGCUACCACCACGACUUCGCCGCCAAGCACUACCACGCUAUCGGCAGCUGGUUCUGGCAAUUCCGAACCCGUCAUUGUGCCUGCGACCAAUCCUGCCGGUGCCAUACCCACUGGGCCCGCAACUGCGGAUGGUUCUUGUGUCAUUCCUGCUCCGGAAGCUUCGCCUGCUCCCGCCAAUCCCAACCCAGGGAGCUUCAAGCAAGUCGGCGAUAGUGGUGUCCCAGCUAUGCACGCUGCACUGCUCCCUAACGGCCAUGUGGUGUUCCUGGACAAGGUGGAGAACUUUACGAAUGCACAUCUACCAAAUGGUCAAUUCGCAUACUCUACCGGGUACGAUCCAGUCACCAACACAUUCUUCCCCUUGGCCUACAAGACCAACGCUUUCUGCUCUGGCGGCAGCUUCUUGCCUGAUGGCACUCUGAUCAAUGUCGGGGGCAACGCUCCCCUGACUUGGCUCGAUCCGACGGUCGGUGACGGCUUCAGGGGUAUACGCUAUCUCCGCCGCUCAGCUACUGAUGCGACACUCGAUGGUCAGCCUUGGUCUGAGCCCGGCAAUCUCCUCGACACUGCAAGAUGGUAUGCCUCAUGCCAGACGAUGCCGGAUGGACGGAUCUUCGUGGCUUCGGGAUCACUGAAUGGUUUGGAUCCUACCGUGACUGCGAAUAACAAUCCAACAUACGAGAUCUUGGACACCAAAGGAAUUACGAAUGGAGUUUCGACGACUGUGAAUUUGCUGGCCAGAGUGCAUCCGUACUUUAUGUACCCUUUCAUCCACCUGCUCAACGACGGCACAUUAUUCAUUUUUGCGAGCAUGAGUUCCGAGAUCCUAGAUGUGGCGAACAACAAAGUCGUCAAGUCACUCCCAGACCUACCAGGUCAAUACCGCACCUACCCAAACACAGGCGGCUCAGUCCUACUCCCCCUCUCCUCAACUAACGCCUGGGCCUCCUCCAUCAUCAUCUGCGGCGGCGGCGCGUACCAAGCCAUAACCUCCCCCACGGACCCUAGCUGCGGCCGCAUCAGCCCACUCGCUCCAAACGCUGACUGGGAAAUGGACAGCAUGCCCACCGGCCGCGGCAUGGUCGAAGGCACACUCCUACCCGACGGUACCGUAAUCUGGCUCAACGGCGCCCAGUCCGGAUCCGAAGGCUUCAAUCUCGCCACGAAGCCUGCUACAGAGGCACUGAUCUAUGAACCCUCCGCGCCACUGGGAAAGCGUUGGACGACGGGUGCUUCAAGCCCGAUACCGAGACUCUACCACUCGAUCGCUCUGCUUUUGCUGGAUGGUACAGUGAUGAUCGCAGGCAGUAAUCCGGACGAAAUGCCCGUCGUCUAUCCUGCUCAAGAUCCGCAAGGUUUUAGCACCGAGUUUGCUGUAGAGAUCUAUACGCCGCCUUAUCUCAGUGGAGAGAAUGCCAAUGGUCGUCCUGAAGCCAUCGUACUCUCGACACUGAACCUUAAAGCGGACGGGACCUCGACCUUCAGCAUCACUUUCACGGCACCGCAGGGUGCGAAGGCAGUGCAAGUGGCGUUGUAUCACGGAGGUUUCGUGACCCAUGCGCUGCAUAUGUCGCAUCGAAUGCUGUUCCUCGAUACCACUGGAUGGCAGGCGGGAAGCACGGAGCAGAAGAUCUCGGUGACCAGCCCGCCGGACAGCAGUGUUGCGCCGCCGGGGCCGUACGUCGUGUAUGUGGUCGUUGAUGGGGUGCCCGGGGUAGGGCAGUUCGUGAUGGUUGCUUGA